CGGAUCGGUAAAUACCAACCCAAAAUGGUAAAUACCAUUUCCAUUUGGUUAUCCGCUUGAAUUUGAUUUAAGUGUCUAAUUGAUCGUGGUUUUCAAGAUGGCGGAACGAAACACCUUCUUUCCUAGUGGGUACGCCUCUUUAGCAAAUCAACAUGCCUCAUUUCGUAUUGGAACAUCUUGGAUCAAUUUAUAACCUUAAAAUUGUGAAUAACCUAAAAAGCAAAAAAUGCUGUGGUAUUUUAAAAGCCACAAGAGCUUUAAGAAAAUUGUUACAAUUAGAAAAUAACAUAGAAAUAUUCAUAAGGUAAGAAACGUGUCGACACAUUUUUUCCUGAAGUUCCAAAAUGAGUGAUAGUGAAGACUUUGAAGUUUCCGAGGACGAAAUCGAAGAAAACAAACAUGAUAGGCUGGUACAGGACGUUUUGAAUUUGAACAAAGUGCAGAAUGUGAAAAAGCCAUCCCGCACAGAACCUACUUUGAAAAUAUCAGAGUUCAACUUAGUGAAAUCAGUUACAGGAAACAGAGGUACUAUCCACCUAAAUGAACUCACUAAGGCCCUUGCGGGCCGUAAAAAACAUGAGACCAUAGCUCAAAGGGUUGAAACGACAAGCAAGAAAGGUAAAACCCUGCCUAAGCCUUUGGAAAAGCCACAAGCGGAGCGGAUAAGGAGAACGUUGAACUAUGAGAAAACGCGGUUACAACUAGAUAGAUGGGAAGCCUUUGUAGCUUCAAAUCGAGCAGCCGCUCAGCAAGUGUUCCCUUUGGAGUGUAUUGAGAAAGUGAAAUUUGAGGAAAAGAAAGCUGAAAAGUUUCCCACAACGUUCAGAAUCAAGACCGAUUUGCAGAAAAAAUUAGAACUGCUGGAUCCAAAAGUUGAGGAAUACCACAUCAACACUGAGGAGAAAGAUGAGUAUCCUUUGACUCUACAGGAAUUGAAAGAAAAGAGAAAAGAGGCUGCAAAGCUUAGGGCUCAUCAGAGUUUCCAAGAAGCUAAGGCUAGGAGGCAAAAUAAAAUUAAAAGCAAAAAGUAUCACAGGAUAUUGCGUAGGGAGAAAAUUAAGCAGAAGCUAAAAGAAUUUGAAGAGUUGCAGAAGACGAACCCUGAGGAAGCUAUGAAAAAACUAGAAGAUAUUGACAAAGCUAGAGCAGAAGAAAGAUUCAGUUUGAGGCACAAAAACACUGGUCAGUGGGCUAGAAGCAAAUUAGUAAGAGCUAAAUAUGAUAAAGAGACUAGACAGGUAUUGGCUCAGCAGUUAGCCAUAAGCAGAGAUCUCACACAAAAAAUAAACGAUGAGAGUGAUGCUGAUGAAGAAAAUAUCUCGCAAGCAAAUGAAGAGGUUCACAUAACAUCUGAUAGUGAAAAUCCAUGGAUGGGUAACUUGAAACCUAAUAAAGAAGUUUUAGAUUUUGUCAGUGGUUAUAAGAAAUAUUGGUCUGAAAAAGGAAAUGAACCACAAUGUAACACUGUAGAACAAGUCACAGAAAGCAGUCAAAAAAUUGCUAUGGAUGGCGUAAGUGAAAUAGAUAUGGAAGAUAAUAAAAUCGAAGGGUUCACAGAAAACAGUGAAGAAGUAAUAACCAAUGGGGCUAAUGAAGAGGUAAAAGAAAAUGAAACAGAAGAUAAAUUUACAAACAAAAGAAAAAGAAAGAGCCCCUUGCAACAGCAAGAUGCCAAAAAAAAUUCAAAAGAAAAAAUAACUAGAGUUGGCUUAAAAAAUAGGAAAUUAGAUAGAGUGAAUAUUGCUUCCAUAGAGGUAUCUAAGGAUAAAAAUUUACAAAAGAUAAUUCAGAAAUUAGAUGUUUCCAGCACAUCAGAAUGGGAUGUUGAAGAUGCCUUUGAAAUCUUAGAAGAAAAUAUCAAAAAGAAAGUAAAUAAAAAGGCAAAACAAAUUAAAAAUAUUUCUACAAAAAAAACUAAAAAAGGCACUUCACUCAAACAGAAAGUCAAGAAAGUAGAUCUAAGUAUGCCAUCAAAAUCCAAAAAGCAUGUUAUAGAUGAAGAAAUGCUUGAAACACCUGGAAGUAUGGAGCCUGCAGAUGAAGAUCCAACAGUAACUUCUGGGAUGGAUCAAUUGAAACAAAUAAUUGAUGUAACAAAUGUGAAUACUGAAGUUAAUGUAAAUCCAGAAAAGUUUCUCAAUGUUAAAACCACUCGUCUGGAUACAGCCAUUCCAGAUUUUGCUACUACAGAUGAAAAUGAAGAGGAAGCAGUUGCAGGACAAAAAGAACUAAUAAUGGAAGCCUUCGAAGACGACGACGUCGCAGCAGAAUUCGAAAAAGAAAAAGCUGAAGAAAUAGACAAGAACAAACCCAAGGACAUCGACCUGAACCUACCCGGCUGGGGCAGCUGGGCAGGCGCAAACAUCGACUCAAGCAAACGAAAAAGAAGAAGAUUCAUCAUAAAAAUGCCACCCGAAAUCCCAAGAAAAGACUCCAACAAAGGCGCGCUGAUUAUAAACGAGAAGGCCGAGAAGAAAAUCAAACCCUUGCUUGUAUCUGAAGUGCCGUUCCCUUUCAAAUCGGUCAAGGACUAUGAGGCUAGUAUUAGGGCACCUAUUGGGAAUAAUUGGGUGCCUGAGACGGCUUUUAGGAGGUUUAUAGAGCCGCCGGUGAUUACGAAAAUGGGGGCCAUCAUUGAGCCGAUUAGUAAAAGCAUUUUGGUUGGGCAGAAGAAAGUAUAUUAGGCAUAUAAUUUGUUUAUUAUACUUUGUUGAAUGAUAAAUACAUUUUGUUUAUAUUUUUGUAA